GGAAAUGUCGAAGCUUCUUCUAACCUCACUCCCUUGAACCUUCAUCCACGAGAAUUUCAAAAAGCUGCUGAGCUGAGCGGCGUUGCCUAUUGAUUGAUUUGCCACACGAUGCCGCAACCCGCGCCGCAACCCGCGCCCGCGCCCACGCCCGUGCCAAUGGCCGUACCAAUGGCACCACCCGCCGACGCCGACGCCGACGACGAGAAGGCCGACUCCCCCUCGAGCUCGAUGUCGCGCCGAUCAUCGCGCCGAUCAACCCGAUCAUCACGGGAAUCGCGAGAAGACGAGGUUCGAGAAGUGGAGGUGGUGGAGGUGGUAGACAUGGGCCUGCAAUUGACGUGCAGUCUCCGCAGCGGCGUUGGGCCGCGAGAGCUCGAGCUCGAGAAGCCGCCGGAUGGUGGGGCGAGGGCGUGGUUGUGCGUGCUCGGGGUUCAUCUAACGGUGUUUACCACUUGGGGGUUUAUCAAUAGCUUCGGCGUAUUCCAAGCGUACUACGCGACGACUCUGGCGGCCUCACCCUCGACAAUCAGCUGGAUCGGCAGCAUCCAGAUCUUCCUGCUGUUCACGCUGGGGACAUUUACCGGGCGGGCGCUGGACGCCGGGUACUUCUUCGCGGUGUACCGUCUCGGGAGCGUCCUCGUGCUCCUCGGGAUCUUCACGACGUCGAUCAGCGGCGGAAGUUUCGCACGCAUCUUCCUGUCGCAGGGGCUAUGCUGCGGGCUCGGCAGCGGCCUGAUCUUCUGUCCCGCGCUCGCGCUGAGCUCGACGUACUUCCGCCGGCGACGGAGUCUGGCGCUGGGGAUUGGCGCGAGCGGCAGUGCGACGGGUGGAAUCGUUAUCCCGCUCGUUGUCCAGACCCUGCUCCCAAGGAUCGGCUUCGCCUGGACCGUUAGGUGUCUCGGCUUGAUCUGUACCGUCGCGCUGCUGGUCGCCAAUGUCGUCCUGAAACCCCGUCUGAAGCCAAGGAAGGUCGGCAGUCUCGUCGAGUGGAAGGCGUUUCGCGAGCCCACGUACGUGCUGUUCGCAAUCGGCAUGUUCCUCUCCUUCACGGGCGUAUACUUCGCAUUCUUCUACGCCUCCUCCUUCGCGCGCUCGAUCCUGUCACUAUCGAUCCCCUCCUCCUUCACAACGCUAAUAAUAAUGAACGCGGUCGGCCUCCCAGGCCGUAUCUUACCAAACUACCUAGCAGACCGACGCCUUGGCCCCCUAAACCUUCUGAUCCCUAUCACGUUAACCGUCUCCCUCCUCCUCUUCGUCUGGCCUGCCGUCAUGAGCCAAACGGGACUGUACAUAUGGGCCGGCGCCUAUGGCGUUGCCGCUGCGGGGAUACAGAGCCUGUUUCCUGCUACGCUGAGUAGUCUUACUACCGACCUGGAGCGCGCAGGCACGAGGAUGGGAAUGGUUUUCACUAUUGUGUCGUUCGCGUGCUUGACCGGGACGCCGGUCGGCGGCGCGCUGGUGCAGGCCGCGGGGGGAGAGUAUUGGGCUGGACAGGUCUUUGCGGGCACGUGUGUUCUCCUUGGUGGGCUGGUGCUCGCCGCGGCGAGGGUCGCGAAGACGGGGUGGAAGUGGAGGGUUAAGGCAUAAGCGUAGGGGGAUAUCGUGCAUCUUGGGGGUAUAUAUGGAGGCGAAGUAGUGGUGGGUAUAUGGAA